UCUUUCAAAAUGGGUCCACAACAUGGGCUCUACAUAUCCUUUCAUAACACAAAGACCCUUUUUUCUGUUAUCUUCAUAGUUCAGCUUUAAGAUACUUGGAUCUGCUAUAUCUUUUUUUUCACAAGUUGUUUGUGUGUUCUGCGAUUUACAGAAGAAGAGAAGCUAAAGGGGUGAUUUUUGUUUUCUUCUUUCUAAUGGGGAUAUGUUUGAGUGUUAGAAUUAAAUCUGCAAGCCCAUUUCAUACAGGGCUAAAUUCAAGAUCUGUUAGCACAGAUGGAGGUUAUGAUAUCAAUUCAAGCUCCAGGGUACCACCAGCUACUAGAAGUGAAGGAGAGAUAUUGCAGUCUCCCAAUUUGAAGAGCUUCAGUUUUUCUGAUCUCAAAACAGCCACUAGGAACUUUCGUCCCGAUAGUGUGCUGGGAGAAGGUGGAUUCGGAUCGGUUUUCAAAGGGUGGAUCGAUGAGAACACGUUCGCAGCUACCAAGCCCGGGACAGGCAUGAUCAUUGCUGUGAAAAGGCUAAAUCAAGAAGGUUUUCAAGGUCACAGGGAAUGGCUGGCAGAAGUAAACUAUUUGGGGCUGUUUUCUCAUCCUCAUCUUGUAAAGUUGAUUGGCUAUUGCUUGGAGGAUGAACACCGGCUUUUGGUUUAUGAGUUCAUGCCUCGGGGCGACUUGGAAAAUCAUUUGUUUAGGAGAGGUUCUUAUUUCCAGCCUCUUUCUUGGAAACUACGCUUGAAGGUUGCGCUAGGAGCUGCAAAGGGGCUUGCUUUUCUCCACAGUGCUGAGAUAAAAGUGAUAUAUCGGGACUUCAAAACCUCGAAUAUUUUGCUUGAUUCAAACUACACUGCCAAACUCUCAGACUUUGGAUUUGCCAAGGAUGGGCCAACAGGCGAUAAAAGCCACGUCUCUACAAGGGUUAUGGGGACCUAUAGCUAUGCAGCUCCAGAAUACAUGGCCACUGGUCAUUUAACUAGCAAUAGUGAUGUGUAUAGUUUUGGAGUUUUCCUCCUCGAAAUGCUGUCAGGUCGUAGGUCCAUUGACAAGAAUAGACCAUCUGGAGAACACAACCUAGUGGAGUGGGCGAAACCUUAUCUGGGUAACAAGCGUAAGGUCUUCCGCGUUCUGGAUACCCGUCUUGAAGGCCAGUAUUCAAUGGAAGUGGCGAGUAAAGUAGCUAACCUUGCCUUGUGGUGCCUAUCCGUAGAUCCUCGGGUUAGACCAAGCAUGAGUGACAUUGUUAAAGAACUGGAGAAACUUUAUCAGCAAUCUAAAGAAUCAGGAAGUACUCGCAACCACGGUAACAACCAACCUAGACCACGUAGACGUAGUGCUGGUGAUGUUGCUAGUAGAAAUCCUUCAAAUCAGCUGAUUGAUUGUACAGUUGCUUUGGCUAAAAUUCUUGUCGGUUCUCCACCUUUCAUACCAGGUAGCGCAUCUUUGUUUUCCUCAAAAUUGAAGAGAAAGAGAUAGAGGAAGAGAGGAGAGAGGCAAGGGAGGGAGAGAGAAGAGAGAAAUUUAUUAUAAAAUUCUAACUAUAGCUACAAAUAGUAAUUCUUCUAAAUUGUAAUCGUGUAUAAUACAUAUCAUAUGUUUGAUUUCUUAUUUAAUUUUUCGUAAGCAUGAGUUGUUGGUUGGUCAGAGAAGGUGUGUGAUGUGAAAGUGCAUUUGGUAAAAGUGCUGCCAGUGGAUGAGACGUGGUCCACUCUUAUGGGCCUGAAUUUGUUCCACCUUUAUACUUGAGAAUAUUUUGCUUUUUUCCUUUGAAUAUUCUUGGUUAUAAACAACAUUUUUUGAAGCC